AUGCUCAAAUCUGUUGAGGAUCUUAUUCAAAUUGAUGUGCAUAUCAAUGAGGUUAAUUCGAAGCGUGAUGCGCUAGCUGAAAAGAUUAAACAGUUAAAGGAUGCAGAAGAUGUAUUUGUUGACGAGAUGGAUCACAUCGAAAAAAGGCUGAAUGAUGCAACUCUCGAAAUAUCUCAAAUAGAAAAGAUUGAGGACAUCGAACCUUUAAGAGCAAAGUAUGGAAAGCUAAAAAUCUUGGAUCAAAUUGAAACAUCUUUCAAAGAACAACAGAGAGCUCUGCACGAAAAAGAGGUGCUUGAAGGCAUCAACUCCCUAAAUGUAGAGGAUUUUGAAAAUGGAUCGUUUGACAGUUUAAUAAAUUUGAAAAAGAUCAUAACUACAUAUGACAUCGGUUCUGGUCUUGUGCUCAACAAGUAUAACGCUUUUAUUGAAUCACUGUCAACAAAACUAAUGAGUAGCUUUAAACAGGAGCUAUUGAACAGCAAAUGGGACACCGAGUAUUUUGUGAAAUCUAAAAAAAUAGUACUUGACUUGCGUAGGCAAUCAUCUGCUUUAUUUAACCUUCAAAAACAUCUGCUAACAGAUCCUUCUAUUCAAUCAAAAAGUGAAAGCCAAGUUGAACAAGACAAAUGUGCACAACAGUACUGGAAUUUACAAUGUAUAUCCCACAACUUUUUCAUCAAGUUUAUGUAUCACUUUUCAAACCCAAAAUUCGACGACUCAGGUCAACAAAAGCAGAGUAUUGAACUCUACUUUAAGUUUUUGGAUAGAUACUUGGAAGCAAAUCUAUUUCGUUGCAUUGAUAUUUUCCAUGAUGAAGAAGCGGGUCUCACAAAAGAGUUCUUACACGAGCAGUUUAUUAAUCAUACUUUAAAUCCAAUUAGAAACAAAGUAACCCAAACUCUCACGAACAUUUCUGAGAAUCAAAACCAGGAAAACCUAAGAACAAUGAUUAUUCUAAUCUCCCAGAUCUUCAUAAAUGACAAUGCAUUAAGUAAAAAACACUUUUAUUCUGGGGUAGGUUUAGUUUCCUUAUUGCCUAAUAAUAUUUUAGAGGCAUGGUUAGAAUUUGAACUAGAUUCAACAUUGCGCCAAUAUGAAAAAAUAAUAUCCUCUCCUCUUUCAACAAAUGGAACAGAUCUUGUUAAACUUUUAGAGAACAUGUACGGGUAUUUUGAACCAUGUUUCAAUAUUGAAUACGGUAACUUGGAGUCGUAUAAACUCCAAAUAGUGAGCAGAAUUUUUUUGGAACUCAUCAGCAGCUAUAACAAAUUCAUUGUAUCUGCAGACCCUGCCCUAGCUCAACUUCCUGAAGAGAAACAAUUGGAGGUUACGUUCUUGAAGCUUCAUAAUAUAAUCCUUCUAGAAGAGUACGUCUCCAAACUCCGUUUUAAGCCAGCGUUUAUCGAGUUGACCUUUACUUUCAACAAACUCAGUGGCUCCUCCUAUACCAGUAUAUUUUCAGAAUCUUUAGGCUCUUUAGAGGAAACAAUUGUAACAAUCAGGGAAUCAAUUGUUCAUAGAUGGAAGAAAAUCUUAAAGUACUCUCUAAACCCAUAUUUCAGACUAAGUACAUGGCAUGAUUUUUCGACCAAUCCUAAUCAAUGUUCUACAGAGUUAAUCAACGCUAUCCAAAAAUGUACUCAAUUAAAAAACAGUUUCAAUGAGCUUGAAUUUCCAAACAGCAUAUCUAUCUCAAUUAUGACCUCACUACUUUCACAAUGGGUCUCUUAUUUAAAGGACUACGUUGUAAAAGUGAACAGUUUUUCAGAUCAAGGUUUAAAGCAAGUUACCAUUGAUUAUAAGGAGUUGAGUAAUGUAUUCAAGAUAGAAAGCCUUCCUCCUUCUGUUGAAGAAAUGGAAUUCGAAGAAUUUCUAACGGUUUUAGGUAUAAAGGAUGAAAAGAAAGAUAUAAAGCUACCAUUUCUUACGAAGUCAUACAUGUCCCAUUCCGAUGAUUAUAGCGAAGUAAGAAGUGCUUUAGAUUUGAAGUAUAUCUCCAAAUCUGAGUUACGUUAUGCCUUAUACAAAAUUCUAUAA